AUGGAUGAAACCACAUGUAGCACUACAUGUAGCAAAAAUAAACACACAAAUAUCAACAAUUCUCUAAGUAAUGUUUAUGCAUCCGAGACCAUCGAGCGGAAACCCCACACCCUCCGAAUAUAUUUAAAUCAGCCUCUUGUUUCUGAUAACUUAAUUAAAUCUAAAUCUAAAAUUCAAGAUUCUUGUGAACCUUUAGAUGUAUCUAUUUUGAAAAGCAAGGGAAUUUUAUAA